AUUGGAAUACGUGGUUCUUCUUAUACAUGGUUUGAAAGUUAUUUGAAAAGUCGCCGUCAAUAUGUCUCAAUUGACGGUAACAAAUCGGAAAACGUGAUUGUUAAAUACAGUGUUCCACAGGGUUCGGUCCUGGGCCCGUUAUUAUUUAUUAUAUUUGUU